AUGUUUCUACUUGAGAUAAAAAUAUUGCUUUUUAUCAGCAAUCGGGAAGAAUUUAAAAAGUCCUACCUUCUUGCAAAGACCGUGUUAUUAGAGAUAAUGAAAUCUGCGUCUUUAUCGAAGGAACUGAUAAAAAAAUUGCAGAUGAUGGGGUCUCAGUUAAAAAGGGCUCUUCUGGAAUUCGAUUGGACAAGCAUGCAUCGCGAAGAUAAAAAUAACUAUCUCAUUAUAAUCAGUUACAUGAAAAAGGAACUCAGAAUUAAAACAGCGUUCGACAAUGAUCUAUGUUUGGUUACCAUGACUUCGUUACUUAAAGCGAGCUAUCAGGCAUGCGCGUUGCUCAGAACUAUGGAUAUUUAAUAUCGAAAUACACUUUGCCAACUGUGAUAAUGAAGGUGAUAUAUAAAUGAUUCUGUAAAAAUUUUAGAUAUAUUUUUUGGGCUAUCAUCAAG